AUGUCACCGUUUCAGCGUCCAUUGCUACUUGUCCACAAUGUUAUGUCCAACAAAGUUAUUUCCUUCACUCGGGCCGCAUAUCGACUACCAUUUGCCAUAAAUAGAGCCGGAAACAUAUUUCGUGGUCCAGCGACAAGAAGAAGUGCAGUAACAACCACCGCGCUUUUAGGAGCUAGUUUUCUCGUGAAAGAAUGGAGCGUCUUUGUUCAUUGCGAAGCACCCUUCCCUUCCAGUUCUGCUUCUCUACCAAAGACAACACAAGCAUCGCCGGAACCUAUUCAGAUACCAACAAACGUAGACAAACACGAAAAGAAAUCACUUUUGAAUAAGACUGAUAUAACUUUUGGUUCCGUUUUGGGGUUUUGUACGGGAUUUUUCAUCAAGAAGGUUGGGAAAAUGGUUGCUGUGGCUGUGGGAAUUGGAUUUGUUUUCUUACAGUUUCUUGCGUAUCAAGGCUUUGUUACUAUUCAUUGGAAUCACAUGUCUGACGCUUUUACUCGUGAAUUGGACGUCGAUAAAGAUGGACGCGUUACCGUCAAGGAUACAAAAUCCAAGUUACGAAUUUUAAUUGAUCUGUUGACGGUCAAGUUUCAAUUUAAGUCUUGUUUCGUUGGUGGAUUUUAUUUGGGCCUUAGAUAUGGUUAA